AGCUCGAAACAAAUGACAAUCGAUGAAAAGCCCUAUUGAAACCAGUGAUUUAGUUUAAAUUAGCAAUGGAGUUACGUGAAGAUUCUGUAAAAAUAAAACAAAAUGUUCUAAUAUGCGACAAAGGUGGAGAUUCCCUAGAGGAACAUGUUAAUGUAGAGGUUAAAUCAGAACUGGAAUAUGGCACCUUUGAAGUUAAUUACACACAGGAUUCUUUACCAGACUCGUAUUGUUCGGACGAUGUUAAAAUAGAAGAACAUUUACAAUGUGAGGAAGAUGGAGAUUCUUUAGAGCAACAUAUUAAUGUAGAAGUUAAAUCAGAACUGGAAGAUUGCAUGUUUGAAGGUAAUUACACACAGGAUUCUCUAUCAGUCUCCUAUUGUUCAGAUAUUAAAAUAGAAGAGCAUACUAUAGUAGAAUAUAAAAUAAGUAGCCCGUUCCUGCCUAUUUGCAAGCAAGAAGUCAAGACAGAAAUCAAGAAAGAACUGGAUGAACCUAAUUUAGGAGUAAAUCAUGGGUGUGAAACUAGGAAUACGAAAGAAUUAGAUUCAGACAGAGAUGUAAAAUUACAGAUAGGAGCUUCAACUGAGAUACAUCAAGUACAACAUAGAAGUAUGAAAACAUCAAAAUUACUAUCCAACAUUGGCAAACAAAGAUUACGUCAGAACGAGAUUAAAACGAAGUCCAAAAGUUCGUUGGUAACAUACACUGGAGAAAACUGUUAUAAGUGCGAAAUUUGUUCUAAACAAUUUAGUCAAGUAGGAAAUUUGAAAAGGCAUUUAAGGAUACACACUAGAGAAAAGCCUUACAAGUGUGAAAUUUGUUUGAAGCAAUUUGGAGAAGUAGGAAGCAGGAGAAGGCAUUUAAGGAUACACACUGGAGAGAUGCCUUACAAGUGUGAAAUUUGUCUUAAGCAGUUUACUCGAGGUGAACAUUUAAAAAGGCAUUUAAGGUUACACACUGGAGAAAAGCUUUUCGAGUGCGAAAUUUGUACUAAGCAGUUUAGUGAAGCAGGGCAUAUGAAAACUCAUUUAAGGAUACACACUGGAGAGAUGCCUUACAAGUGUGAAAUUUGUUCUAAGCAAUUUAGGAGAGUAGGAACUUUGAAAAUACAUUUAAAGAUACACACUGGAGAAAAGCCAUACAAGUGUGAAAUUUGUUUUAAACAAUUUAGAGAAUCACGCAGUUUGAAAAAGCAUUUGAGAGUACACACUGGAGAAAAGCCUUACAAGUGCGAAAUUUGUACUAAGCAGUUUAUUGAAGCAGGGCAUUUGAAAAGGCAUUUAAGGAUACACACUGGAGAGAUGCCUUACAAGUGUGAAAUUUGUCUUAAGCAGUUUACUCAAGGUACACAAUUAAAAAGUCAUUUAAGGUUACACACUGGAGAAAAGCUUUACAAGUGUCAAAUUUGUUUGAAGCAAUUUGGAGACGCAGGGGUAUUGAAACGGCAUUUAAGGAUACACACUGGAGAGAUGCCUUACAAGUGUGAAAUUUGUUUGAAGCAAUUUGGAGUAGCAGGACUAUUGAAAAGGCAUUUAUGUAUACACACUGGAGAGAUGCCUUACAAGUGUGAAAUUUGUUUGAAGCAAUUUGGAGAAGCAGGGUUAUUGAAAAGGCAUUUAAGGAUACACACUGGAGAGAUGCCUUACAAGUGUGAAAUUUGUUUGAAGCAAUUUGGAGACGCAUGGGUAUUGAAAAGGCAUUUAAGGAUACACACUGGAGAAAAGCUUUACAAGUGCGAAAUUUGUUUUAAGCGACUUACACAAGCAGAAGCUUUGAAAACUCAUUUGAGAAUACACACUGGUGAGAUGCCUUACAAAUGUGAAAUUUGUUCUCAGAAAUUUAGGACAGCAGGAAAUUUGAAAAAACAUUUAAGGAUACACACUGGAGAAAAGCCAUACAAGUGUGAAAUUUGUUUUAAACAAUUUAGAGAAUCACGCAGUUUGAAACAGCAUUUGAGAGUACACACUGUAGAAAAGCCUUCUUCUUAGCCUUCUAUCGUCGACGUUUGGACAUAUGCCUCUCCCAACUCCUUCCAUCGGUCUCUAUCCUGAGCAACAUAUUUCCAAUUCGUUCCGGCUACUCUUUUAAUAUCAUCAACCCAUCUCAUCUGUGGUCUUCCUCUCGGUCGUUUACUGUGGUAAGGUAUCCAAUGUUGUAUCGUUGCAUUCCAACGUUGGUCUUUUUGUCUAGCAGUGUGGCCUGCGAAGCUCCAUUUAAGUUUGGCAACUUUUGUUGUUAUGUCCUCGACUUUUGUGUUUGAUCUUACCCAGUCGUUCCUCUUUUUAUCUGACAGUCGUAUACCUAACACUGCUCUUUCCAUAGCUCUUUCUGUUGUGGCUAGUUUAUUCAUAUUUGCCUUGGUUAGGGUCCAGGUUUGACAUCCAAAUGUCAUAAUAGGAAGGAUGCACUGGUUGAACACUUUGGUCCUCAAAUAUUGAGGUAUUUUGCGGUUCUUAAGUAUCCAACCAAGUUUUCCAAAUCCUGCCCAUGCUAGUCUUGCUCUCCUAAUAAUUUCCGCACUUUGGUUUUCUUUGUCAAGUUUCUUCGAAAAGCCUUACAAGUGCGAAAUUUGUACUAAGCCGUUUAGUGAAGCAGGGCAUUUGAAAAUGCAUUUAAGGAUACACACUAGGGUGGUGCGAAAAAAGUCAAAUUGAUAAUCCCGUAUCGCUAUAGUGCGGAAAAGUUGCGACUGGUAAUUACAAGAAAAACAAAACAAAAAUUAUUAAAAUCGGGCUUUAUCUUCCGAUCCCGCAACGGGCCUAAAGUUUAUGAAAAAAAUGAAAUUUUACCUUUUCUUCGGAAAUUUUUAUUUAUCCUCCAUGUACGUUUUAUUUAUCGUUAUAGUAAAAUUUAUUUACAGUUUGCAUGGUUAAGUAAUAAAAACAACAGUUUUACGCAUCUAACAAGUAUCUUCCGAUCCUGCAAGGUCAAUCAAAAUCUAUAAAUAUUUGAGUUUCUCGAUAGUUUUGAUAAAUUAAAAAACAUUUAAUUAUCUCAUUUUUCUCCUACAUUGUGAAGUUUUUCGCUUGUUUAUAUAUUGUAUAACAAUACUUAAACAACCCAGAACUCACAACGAGGAGAUAGUUGCACUUUUAGCUCCACACACACCCUUUUCUCCAACCAACCAAUGAGUGUGAUUUUUACAUUAUUUACAUAGUAAAUUUCUUUUUCAUGCUUAUAUCCAGCUUUUAAACGUCAACUUUGUAUUGUAAUUUGGUGGUAGAAUCUGGCAGCAUGGACCUUGAUUUAAGCGUUGCUCUUAUGAAUCCAUCUCUUGAUUGGAGCCCACAUACAUUAGACUAGGGGUGACCAACUUAAUCGGACUCGAGAUCUACUGUCUUCCUUUCUAAUUCUUUGGGAUCUACUGACUAGGAAUUUUUGUAAUAUUUAGGAGUGGAAUAGAUAGGUAGGUAGAUAAUUUUUUCUUGUCAUCUAUCGACUGACUUAGGGGUCGCGAUCGACGGGUUGGCCUCCCCUGCAUUAGACGAUGCUUUCGUGACCAACAUUAGACACCUCUUAUCAGCUUGCGUAUGUCAGGGAUAGUUUUGUACAUUCUAGUCUGGUAUGUCGCCCGAUGUAAUGCAAGAACAUAUCUUCAUUUGACACUUCGAAGAAGUGGUGGAGAAGAUGGUUUUGCAACAAUCUGCAAUAGUUUUGCAACAUUAUAUUCCAGUCUAUUAUUUCAGUUUCGUCCCGUGCUUCAAAAUUUCAAGUAGUAGGGAGAAAGGAAACACAUUAGAGAGCUAGGGCUAAGGAGAGUGUUAAAAACCGGAUAGACUAAAGCCAAGGGCAAACGUAUUAGAAAUUUCAUCCCUCCAACUUUAAAUUUUAAAGCACAGUUUUUUAAAACUAUCUUUUCCACCAGUUCUUCAAAGCGUUUCAAAUGAAGAUAUAAGUUCCUACAUUAUAUCAAGCAACACGCCAGACUGGAAGGUACAAAACCAUCCCUGUCAUACGCAAGCUGUCUAGCGGUACGUAGAGUUGGUCACGGAAGUUUCGUCUAAUGUAUGUGGGACCCAAUCAAGAGAUGGAUUCAUCAAGGCAACUCUUAAAUCGAGGUCCAUGCUGCCAGAUUUUACCACCAAAUCAAAAUUCAAAGUUGACGUUUAAAAGCUGGAUACAAACAAAUGAAAAAGAAAUGUACUAUGUAAAUAAUGUAAAAACCACACACUCAUUGUUUGUAUGGAGAGAAGGGUGUUGGUGGAGUAAAAAGUGCAACCACCUUCUUGUUGUGAGUUCUGGGUCGUUUAAAUAUUAUUAUACAAUAUAUAAACACGCGAAGAGCUUCACAAUGUAACAGAAAAAUGAGAUAACUAAAUGUUUUUUAAUUUAUCAAAAUCAUCAACAAUUUCAAAUUUUUAUAGAUUUUGAUUGAUCUUGCGGGAUCGGAAGAUAUUCGUUAAGUGCGUAAAACUAUUGUUUUUAUUACUCAACCAUGCAAACUGUAAAUAAAUUUUACUAUAGUGAUAAAUAAAAUGUACAUGGAGAAUAACUAAAAAUUUCCGAAAAAAAGGUAUAGUUUCAUUUUUUCAUAAUCUUUAGGCCCGUUGCGGGAUCGGAAGAUAAAUUCCGAUUUGAAUAAUUUUUGUGUUGUAUUUCUUGUAACUACCAAUCGCAACUUUUCCGCACUAUAGCGAUACUGGAUUAUCAACUUGACUUUUUUUGGCACCACCCUAAACACACUGGAGAAAAACCGUAGAAGUGUGAAAUUUGUUUUAAGAAGGAUACCUACUCAAGCAAGUUCAUUAAAACGCCAUAAGAUAACGCGCAAUUUUCUCUCAUUUGAUGCAAAUACAAGGAAACCUGGGUUUUGCGACGUAGCACCAACGAGUUUGGAGUUUGGAUGUCAAAAUACUAACAGACGAAAAUAUACUGUUGACAUGAUAAUGAUACUAUAAAUAAUAAGAUAGUAUCUUCCCGUAGCUCAAAUUCGUCCGAGUUUGCGCAUCGCAUGACGUAACUGGAGACCGGAAUUUAAAUUCUUGUUGUUAGCUUAUAGUCCAGGCUGUAUCGUCGCCCCCGUUAGGUAACAUAUUCCGAUUCGAUUUUUUUGCACAAACUCACGCCCGGUUUCAUAAUCAACUUAAAGUGAACAUUAAAUUUAAGUUGGUAUCUUUACCUAUGGGUAAAUACCAACUUUAAAGUAGUGAACUUUAGUUAAUGUUCACUUUAAGUUGAUUAUAGGUUUGUUCCAACAUGAACUUUUGGACGGUCCAGAAACCGUCACGACGAUCACCGCCCUGCGCAGUACCAUGGAACGUAUUAUUUCGUUCCCAUGGAACCCACGAAACGUUAAUUAUCUAGUAACGAAACGGUAAUCUGACGGUUCUUGGUUGUGUUGGAACAAACCUUAUGAAACCGGGCGUCAAAAAGAGUUCCUUAUAACAGAUACACAGAGUGCCAGGGGGUGCCGCGGUCGGAAAAUUGUUUAAACAAAUUCAAAAAAUCAAUUCUUUCACUUCGUAUAAUUUUUUUUAUAUUCUUUGGGUCAUUAUGAGCCAAAAAGAUCUGUUUUAAUUUUUUUCUAGAGUUGACUGUUGUUGAGUUAUACUCGAUUUAAAAUUUGAAAAACGCGAAAAUGGCCAUUUCAAGGCUUAAUAAAUCUGUUAAAAAUUAUUAUUAUGAAAGUCAAAAAGUGACUGAAUCAAAUUUGAAAUAUCCCCCUACAGGAUCUUGAAGAAAUUUUGUCAUUAUUUUAUUAUUGAGCUGUUAUUUUGAAUUAUUAACCAUGGGCGCUAAGUGAGGCGGCCGUCAAUGUGAGUGCAAGUGAGAUGCACCAUUAGACGUCCGGAAUGGUACAUCUCUUUCGCACUCACUAUUGACGGCCGCCUAUACGUAGUUAGCGCUCAUACUAAUAAAAUAAUGACAAAAAAUUCUUCAGGAUCUUGUAGGGUGGACUUUAAACUUUGACUUGGUCACUUUCUAACUUUCAUAGUAGUAAUUUUUAACUGAGGUAUUAAGCCUUGGAAAUGGCGAUUUUCGCGUUUUUCAAAUAUUAAAUCGCGUAUAACUCGACAACAAUAAAUUUUAGAGAAAAAUCACAGGAGACCUUUUUUGCUUAUUAUGACCCAAAAAAUCUAAAAAAAAAUUGAACGAAUUGAAAAUUAUUUUUUUGAAUUUGUUUAAAAAAAAUUUUAAACAAUUUUCUGACCGCGGCUCCCUGUGGAUUUGUUAUAAGGAGCUAUCUUUUAGUAAAUUUGUGCCAAAAAAUCGAAUCAGAAUAAUUUCGCCCCUAGCGGGAGCGAACUAACGGGGGCGACCAUACAGCCUGGACUAUACAAUCGCGAGCAAUUCAAACUCAUCGGACAUCAUUCGGAUAUUAGAACUAUUACGAACUUGGGUCUCCAGUUACGUCAUGACUCCCUUUUCUUCGAGAUGCGCAAUACAUUAUCGUGUUAUUUAUAGUAUCAUGACUGUUGAGAUAAAGUGCAGGUAUCGCAGCCGUCUGAUGCAGAAUGUGCCGCCCUCUAUAUGAUAUAAUUAGUUAUCAUCACCUGAACUUUUGUUAUAGUUUAUACCAUGGUUUAUACUAUGUUUAUAAUAUUCUAGAAAUAAAAUUCGGUUAUUAA